GGCUGUGUAUUAUGACAUACCUGCAACAAGCACUUAUUUUCAUUAUCUGUGUAUCAACUUAAUGCUUAUAUUGUAAUACAUAUAUUACCUAUUUUUAAUUGAAAGUAUUAACUUUAUUUACGAAACAUCCAUCUUCCUUCUUCAACCACUUGUGUGUUAAAGUAUCCAAAGGCCACAGACUGCUGGAACUUUACACUGGCGCAGAUACGGUACGAUUGUCAAAGGCGGGACUGAUUGCAACAUCACACCGAAGACCAAUUGAAGAAAUUCCAGCCUUCUUGCUCUUCAACGCUCUUUGACACGACCAGACGACUCAAAAAUGAACGCUCUGUUCACAAUACCACUACUAUUUAUAGUACGACUUGUUAAGUCAACCACGCCUUAUCAAGAUGACAGACUGUUAACCACUGCGGGUUUACUGUAUGAAAGUUUGGGACAAAUGAGAGUUCAACAAACAACUUACGAUUUUACCGCAUAUCUAGAUUUAAGCUAUUAUAAUACUAAUUCAGACCAAUUAAAACUACGUAUUACCGAAUUAAAAGAAUAUUGUAAAAAUUAUGAUAAUCGCACCUUUGAAUGGAAUUCAAUAAAUAAUGUAACUACUACUGAUAAAACUCUAUCACAGCGAUGUGCCUUUAUAGUAGAUAAAAUAGAUUUUAUUCGCGAAGAAGUUGGGCGAAAAAUAGAUUUAAGUCUAAAAGCUGUAGGGCAUACUAAAGUCAAAAAUCGACGUGCUAUACCGUGGUCAGUUUUGGCGAAAACAGCUAAGACCAUCUUUGGGCUUUGUAGCGAUACAUGCUUAGAAAAAUCCGAAUCUCUUAUAAAGAAUUAUCUAGACGGAGGCGAAACAGCCUUGCCGCAAAAUACUAGGGUAUUUAAAAUAUCACAGAAUGUUAAACCUGGUCAAACUUUGCCACCACAAAUAAAACCACCUUCCGAUAUCUUUACCACAGGGAUGAUGGAAUUAUUCCGAUUAGGUAAUGUCGCUGAAAUUGAAUUGUUAUUAUCACAAUACAUUUAUGAAUCUAAUCUCAUAUUUGAAAUACUACAAUUAGCACGAAUAUCCAGUACUAUUUUCUAUAAAUUUACAAAUAAAAAUAAAUGGCUUUAUAUCUCACCUGGAGAGACCAUUUUUAUGGCCUGUGGGGAUCACCCCGCAGAGCGGAUACAAUUAGAAAAUAAUGGGAUACUAAGUUUAAAUUCGUCUUGUAGAGCCUACAGCGAUCAAGAUGUAUUAAUACCAGGAAAAGAAAUUAUUUCUGAAGGAUAUAAUGAUUUUAUUGCUAAUAUCACCAUGCCUGAACCAACAUAUUUGAGUUCAAGAUUUCUUAAAAGUGUCGAAAAACAAGUUAAAACUACAUUUAGAAAUCGUUUUAAUAAUUUACGACCCUACAACGUUAGCAUGGCAUUAGUCAUAGCUGUCCAAGACAGAGACUAUUUAAUAUCACAAAUUACGGGGGAACUACCUAAUAUGGAUUAUGAAGUGGACGAGAUCAUAGACUAG